AUGAGGCAGGCGGGACGCGCGGCACUGCUGGUGGCGCUGCUGCUCCUAGCACAGCUGCAGCCGGGGAGCAGCCGUUGGGGCCGGGAAGCGGCAGCAGCCGGGGUCCAGGACCCGAGUCUACGCUGGAGACCCGGGACACCGGACGAGAGCGGUGGGACCGGCGCGCUACUCCUGUUGUUGGCUGAGCGCUUCCCACGCCGUGUGGGGUUGGGUCGAUGGGGAACCCGGGCGGCAGCACAGCGGCCACGAAGGGACGACCCCCCGCUGUCGAUUGACCUUACCUUUCACCUGCUGAGGACCCUGUUGGAGCUGGCACGGACUCAGAGUCAGCGGGAGCGGGCAGAGCAGAACCGCAUCAUAUUCGACUCGGUGGGCAAGUGA